AUGGGUUCAUCAACUCCUUCAGCGUAUUUUGCUCGAUGUACGGUUGAGAAAACCCUUUCCGAACUUCACACAAAUACCGAAACUGGACUUACUACAAGCGAAGCUCUUUAUAAACAAAAAACUUGUGGUUAUAACGAAUUUGAAGUCGAAGAUGGCGAAUCAGUCAUUAUUAAAUUCUUCAAACAAUUUAUAGAGAACCCACUUAUCUUAUUACUUCUUGGUUCGGCAGCUAUUUCCUUAGUGAUGGGAAACCGUAACGACGCCUUUUCUGUACUUUUAGCGGUAUUAAUUGUCACAACAGUUGGUUUUGUACAAGAGUAUCGGUCUGAAAAGUCAUUGGAAGCACUUAAUAAACUAGUCCCCCAUUUCUGUCAUCUGAAUCGUGAUAACUCGUGGACUACUACUUCGGCAACUGUUUUGGUACCAGGUGACUUGGUUCGCUUCGGUAUCGGAGACAGAAUUCCCGCCGAUGUUCGGAUAAUUUCCGCUACAAGUUUGGAAAUCGAUGAAUCUAAUUUGACUGGUGAAGCCAAAUCACGUUCAAAAAUAACAGAAAUGAUUCCUUUUGAUAAUGGUCAUGGCGAGUUAACAAUACAGGAGCGAAGAAAUAUUGCAUUCAUGGGAACUCUUGUCAGAAAUGGACACGGACAGGGUAUAGUUGUUGGUACUGGGUCACAGACAGAAUUUGGUGUUGUGUUUUCCAUGGUCAAGGAGGCUGAGACACCAAAAACACCAUUUCAAUUAAGUAUGAAUGAACUUGGGAAAACGUUAUCUUAUUUAUCCGGUGCUAUAAUUGUAGUUAUUGUCUUGAUUGGAAUUCUCCAAGGACGUGAAUGGCUUGAAAUGUUUACUAUUGGAGGACUUCCAAUUGUUGUCGCCGUAACCUUGGGUUUGGGGAUUUUAAGAAUGGCAAAAAAGCAUGCAAUUAUAAAGAAGUUACCUUCUGUAGAAACUCUUGGAUCCGUCAAUGUGAUUUGUGUUGAUAAAACUGGUACCCUAACUGAAAAUGUUAUGACCGUCACAAAGAUAUUUACUUUAGACGAGGAAAAUAUUUUCGAUUUGGAACAUGGGUUACCCACAAAGACCAGUUCUGCUAUGCGUGAAGUCCUUAAAAUUGGUAUGACAUUUAACUACAUUGAUGAAAGGGGAAAGAAAUAUGGACAAGCAACGGAUGUCGCUUUACUUGAUGUUAUAAUAAAAAUGAAUAUGGAAGAUGAUAUAAAGAACUUUUGCCGUAAAUCCGAAAUUCCUUUUAAUUCCGAUCAAAAAUGGAUGUCAGUGACUGGAAGACAUGAAGGAUCUCAGAUAGAUACAGUUUUCUUUAAAGGGUCCAUUGAAGCAGUUUUGUCAAGAUGUGUAACUUAUUAUGUAUCUGAGACGCAUAAGCCACCAUUGGAUAGUUAUUCAAAAGAAUUGGUGACGCGGCAUGUCACAUCAAUGUCUUCUCAUGGUCUUCGAAUCCUUGGUAUGGCAUCUGGACCUGACAUCACUAACCUUACCUUUGUAGGAUUUGUGGCAAUGUACGAUCCACCAAGAAAAGGAGUUGAUGACGCCAUUCGACAAUUAAUUAGCGGUGGUGUUAAAGUUGUUAUGAUAACAGGAGAUUCUGACCAAACUGCACUUUCAAUUGCAAUUAAAUUGGGAAUCCCAGUUAACCCUACAUCAAAGUCAAGCUGUCUUACUGGAAGUGAUAUCGAAAAAAUGAAUGAAGAACAAUUGAAAGAUGUUAUUGGUAAUAUUUCGGUUUUUGCAAGAACAGCACCUAAACAUAAAAUGGCAAUAGUUCAGGCUCUACAGUCAAAUGGUGCAAUUGUGGCCAUGACAGGAGACGGCGUAAACGAUGCACCAGCUUUAAAAAUAGCUGAUAUAGGUAUUUCAAUGGGUAAAAGUGGCACAGAUGUUUCCAGAGAAGCCGCUGAUAUAAUAUUGAUAAAUGACGAUUUCACGACUAUUUUAGACGCAGUAAAAGAAGGAAAAUCAAUUUAUUAUAAUAUCCGAAAUUUCUUAACAUUCCAAUUGAGCACUAGCAUUGCAGCAUUGACACUAAUAACGAUUUCUACAAUUUCGGGAUUACAAAAUCCUUUAAAUGCCAUGCAGAUUUUAUGGAUAAAUAUAUUAAUGGAUGGUCCACCUGCACAAUCCCUUGGAGUUGAGCCUGUUGAUGAAGACGUAAUGCGCCAACCACCCAGGAAAAAGAAUGCACCAAUACUUACUUCGGCAUUAAUUAUGAGGGUGUUGACUUCGGCAGCUGUUAUUGUUGCUGGUACAUUAUUUAUAUACGUUAAGGAAAUGCGCGACGGUAUUGUCACAGCUCGGGAUACGACUAUGACAUUCACAUGUUUUGUCUUAUUUGACAUGUUUAAUGCUUUGAGUUGUCGUUCGGAGAAAAAAUCAAUUUUGGAAUUGGGUUUAUUUUCAAAUACGAUGUUUAAUUUCGCAGUUCUUGGUUCAUUGAUCGGACAAUUGUGUGUUAUUUAUAUUCCAUUUUUCCAAGCAAUUUUUCAAACAGAAGCCCUAACUUUUUCAGAUAUGUUUUCGCUUAUCUUAUUGACAUCAUCAGUAUUUUGGAUCGAUUCAAUUCGUAAAUAUUAUCAAAAACAAAAAAACAAAUUAAAAGAAGAAAGCAUAGAAAUGAGAAUGGUGUAA